UGUGCUGUCUGAUAAUGACGUAGACGCUUAUUUUGCCAUGUAUAACUUACUGUCUGAUAAAAAAUAAUUCAGGAUAAGGACCUGUGUAUUGGCGUAAUGUCUGACGAAGAGGUACCCUCCACUUCCCGCGAUGCCAAGCAGGAGUCGGAGGAGAACGAGCCACCCUUUCAUCUGAAGCCCCCACCCAAGGCAGCCGCGAAAGAGGGCACCGUCGACCCGGAGUAUGAAGAGAAGAGGAGAACGGACCGAGCGAACCGCUUCGAGUUCCUGCUGAAGCAGACGGAGCUCUUUGCUCACUUCAUCCAGCCGGCCUCGCAGAAAUCCCCCACCUCGCCCCUGAAGGUGCGUGUGGGGAGACCCCGCAUCAAGCAGGACGAGAAGCAGAACCUCCUGUCUGUGGGCGACAACCGCCACCGUCGCACUGAACAGGAGGAGGAUGAGGAGCUCCUAUCAGAGAGUCGCAAAGCUGCAAACGUGCUUGUGCGCUUCGAGGAGUCCCCCUCAUAUGUGAAGAAUGGCACUUUGAGAGACUACCAAAUACGAGGCCUGAACUGGAUGAUCUCUCUCUAUGAGAAUGGAAUCAAUGGUAUCCUGGCUGAUGAGAUGGGUUUGGGGAAGACUUUGCAGACCAUAGCCUUGCUGGGCUACCUGAAACACUAUCGCAACAUCCCCGGUCCCCACAUGGUGUUGGUGCCCAAGUCCACCCUGCACAACUGGAUGAACGAGUUCAAGCGCUGGGUCCCCACUCUGAAAGCCGUCUGCCUCAUUGGAGACAAAGAUGCGAGGGCGGCGUUCAUCCGUGACGUGAUGAUGCCGGGCGAGUGGGACGUGUGCGUGACCUCCUACGAGAUGGUCAUCAGAGAGAAGUCCGUCUUCAAGAAGUUCAACUGGAGAUACCUGGUCAUCGACGAGGCCCAUAGGAUAAAGAAUGAGAAGUCUAAGCUGUCAGAGAUUGUGCGUGAGUUCAAGACAACCAAUCGGCUUCUUUUGACUGGUACGCCCCUUCAGAACAACCUCCAUGAGCUCUGGUCUCUGCUUAACUUCCUCCUCCCAGAUGUCUUCAACUCUGCUAAUGACUUCGACUCGUGGUUUGACACUAAUAACUGUCUCGGUGAUCAGAAGCUAGUGGAGAGACUGCACGCAGUCCUGAGGCCGUUUCUUUUGAGGAGGAUCAAAGCGGACGUGGAGAAAAGUCUCCCGCCUAAGACGGAGGUAAAGAUCUACCUGGGACUCAGCAAAAUGCAACGCGAGUGGUACACACGCAUUCUCAUGAAGGACAUCGACAUCCUGAACUCGGCUGGCAAGAUGGACAAGAUGCGUCUGCUUAACAUCCUCAUGCAGCUGCGCAAGUGCUGCAACCACCCUUACCUGUUCGACGGGGCCGAGCCGGGACCCCCCUACACCACGGACACCCACCUGGUCACCAACAGCGGCAAAAUGGUGGCCCUCGACAAGCUGCUGCCUAAAGUGAAGGAGCAAGGAUCCCGAGUGCUGAUUUUCAGUCAGAUGACGCGUGUCCUUGACAUCCUGGAGGACUACUGCAUGUGGAGGGGACACGAGUACUGCAGACUGGAUGGAAACACUCCCCACGAAGCCAGAGAGCAAGCCAUCGAGGCGUUCAACGCCCCCAACAGCAGCAAGUUCCUCUUCAUGCUGAGCACGCGGGCCGGGGGGCUGGGCAUCAACCUGGCCACGGCCGAUGUGGUCAUCCUCUACGACUCCGACUGGAACCCACAGGUGGACCUGCAGGCCAUGGACCGUGCCCACCGUAUCGGUCAGAAGAAGCCAGUGCGUGUGUUCAGGCUGAUAACUGAGAACACUGUGGAGGAGAGAAUCGUGGAGAGAGCUGAGAUGAAGUUGCGUCUCGACUCCAUCGUCAUACAGCAAGGGCGUCUGAUCGACCAGCAGUCCAAUAAGCUGGGGAAGGACGAGAUGCUGCAGAUCAUCAGACAUGGCGCCACGCACGUGUUCGCCUCCAAGGACAGCGAGCUUAAGGAUGAAGAUAUUGACCCCAUACUGGAGAGAGGAGCCAAGAAGACAGCGGAGAUGAAUGAGCGGCUGGAGCAGCUGGGCGAGGGUUCUCUGAGGAACUUCACCAUGGAUACGGGGGCAGAGACCAGCCUGUACAACUUUGAAGGUGAAGAUUAUCGUGAGAAACAAAAGCUCAGCAUGAUGGAGUGGAUUGAGCCUCCAAAACGGGAACGCAAGGCCAACUACGCUGUGGAUGCCUACUUCAGAGAAGCCCUGCGAGUCAGCGAACCCCGAGCACCAAAGGCUCCUCGGCCCCCUAAGCAGCCCAACAUCCAGGACUUCCAGUUCUUCCCCCCACGUCUCUUUGAGCUGCUAGAGAUGGAGAUCCUCUACUACAGGAAGACCAUCGGGUACAAGGUGCCCAGAACUCCAGACAUCCCCAAUGCAGCUCAAGUCCAGAAGGAGGAGCAGCGCAAAAUAGAUGAAGCGGAACCUCUCUCACCUGAGGAGACCGAGGAGAAGGAGAAACUACUCACACAGGGAUUCACGAGUUGGAAUAAGCGUGACUUCAAUCAGUUCAUCAAAGCCAAUGAGAAGUACGGGCGAGAUGACAUAGACAAUAUCGCUCGAGAAGUUGAGGGCAAAACUCCUGAGGAGGUCAUAGAAUAUUCUGCGGUCUUUUGGGAGCGCUGUAAUGAGCUGCAGGACAUUGAGAAGAUCAUGGCCCAGAUCGAGAGGGGAGAGGCUCGCAUCCAGAGACGGAUCAGCAUCAAGAGAGCGCUGGACGCAAAGAUCGCGCGGUACAAAGCUCCGUUUCACCAGCUGCGCAUCCAGUACGGGACCAACAAAGGGAAGAACUACACGGAGGAGGAGGACCGCUUCCUCAUCUGCAUGCUCCACAAGAUGGGCUUCGACAAGGAGUACGUCUACGAAGAGCUCAGACAGUGUGUGCGCAACGCACCGCAGUUCAGAUUUGACUGGUUCAUUAAGUCCAGGACUGCAAUGGAGCUCCAGAGACGCUGUAACACACUCAUCUCCCUGAUCGAGAAGGAGAACAUGGAGAUCGAGGAGCGGGAGCGAGCAGAGAAGAAGAAGAGAGCCCCUAAGGGACAGAGUCAGGCGCACAAAAGAAAAGCUGACGCCGACUCUUCAGGGCGCAAGGAGAAGAGAGCUCGCACCUGAAGGCCUUGUGUCAGGGAGAAGAGAGCUCGCACCUGAAGGCCUUGUGUCAGGGUGCAGUGGAGCAUUAUGACUAAAUCACACACAUACACACACACACACACACACACACGCAUACACACUCACUUACCAACCUAUCCAUUUGCUCGCAUUUCCAAUAAUCCCAUAAUCUGUGCAUGGUUGUAUGCUGAAAAAAACCCCCAGUAGAAACCCUGUAGGUGUGCUUGGCUUGAUGUUCACCCGGGAGGUGUUCAACCCCCCCCCCUGAGACCCAUGGCAGACUGUGACAUCAUAAAGACAUUGUGAUCGUGUGCGGUCGGUUGACGCUGAAUCUCUGAGCCAGUGAGAUGAGAAGAUACCGUGGCUAUGCUGUAACAUGUUCAACAGGUGGCGCUGUGACGUACGGAGAUGUGUUCAGUCAAACCCACCCCGACCCCACCCUACCUUCAUGCCCCCACUUCCGAGUGUGUUGCAUUUGCAGUGUGCUGGUAAUCUUUUCACGCUCAUGGAAUACCAAUAGUAAAUAAUAAAGUUCCUAGGGUUAGACAAACAAAAACAAACAAACAAACAAGCGAAAUGGAUCUAAGUCAUUAUUUUGUGAAGAUAGCUGUCUCUGCUGGCUGCAAGGCUUCUGAUUUGUACGGGGUUUUCUUUCCCACCCUUUUUUAUAUAAAAGUCGUUUAAUGCACUUUGAAGAAGAAGAAGAAAAAAAACGAAAAGUCCAAACAUCAUAUCUGAUGUCUUUUUGAUUUUGGCAUGUGGAGGGAAAAAAGAAAGGGCAGUUUUAUGUCUGUUUGUUGUGAUUCUGUGUUUGCCUGAUAAGCUGUUAUGCAAAUUAAGUAUUGCAUCUUGUAUUUCCCCACAUGAUGACUUUUGCACAUAUCUUGAGCAUUUUUCUACAUUUCAUUGAAAGGGUCAUAUAAGCUUUUUACAUAUUCAUAUUUUAAUCUUUUCAUGGUUUCCCCCUUUCUUUGUAUUAGCUUAGUGUUAUUAAAUAAAACUAAAAAUGAC